GGGCCUUAGAUGUGCGUCACUGUUAUUUUAUAUUAUAAUAUAAUGGAUCUAUGGCGGCCGAAGUUUCCUAACUCAGUUUCUUUCCUUUGACCAAAAAAAACACUCACUCAGUUUCUCAGUUUCUUUCCUCUUCCCCCAUACCGGCCGGAACUCAGUCGUUACAAACACAAAUGCUGCCAUUUUUUCAGUCGUGAUCUGAACCACUGCCAGUGCCAAUGUGCCAUAACGGUGGACACCGCAAUGAGGGCCCACGGAGCCUCCUCUUCAUCCUCCUCCAAGUCCAAACUUUGGAAUUACGAUGUGUUCUUGAGCUUCAGCGGCGUAGACACGCGCAAUGGCUUCACGGGCCACCUCCACGCGGCUUUGAAAGAAAGGGGAUACCAGGCUUAUAUCGAUGAGGACGAUCUACAAAGAGGGGAAGAAAUAAAAGAGCAACUGUUCCGGGCAAUCGAAGAGUCAUGGAUCUGUAUCAUUGUGUUCUCAAAGAGGUAUGCGGAUUCAAGUUGGUGUCUCAACGAACUGGUGAAGAUCAUGGAGUGCAAAUCCAUACUGGGGCGACAUGUUUUGCCGAUAUUCUAUCAUGUUGAAGCUUCAGACAUCAGGAAGCAGGAAGGUAGUUUAGCGCCAAUAUUUCGGAAGCACGAAGAUGACAUCCGUGAAGAAAAAGAUGACAGAAAACGGGAAGCCAAGAAAGAAAGGGUAAAGCAAUGGAGAGAGGCUCUUACUCAAGCUGCAAACUUGUCUGGUCUGGACCUUAAAAACACUGACAACGGGCAUGAAGCAAAGCUUAUUAGGAGAAUUAUUGAUGAGAAUAUCUGGGAAUGGCUCCCCAGCACGAACGAAUUACAUGUGGCCAGGCACCCUGUUGGAAUCGAUUCUCGUGUUCAAGAAAUUACCAGUCAUCUCUCAAGUGGUGGAUCGAAUAAAGUUAUCAUGGUUGGAAUUUGGGGGAUGGGUGGAUUGGGCAAAACAACAGCUGCCAAAGCCAUUUAUAACCAAAUUCAUCAUAAGUUCCAAUUCAAAUGUUUCCUUGCCGACGUUCGUGACAUUACAAGCCAACAUGGUCUGGUCUAUUUGCAAGGAAAAUUUGUUUCUGACAUCUUACAACUUGCCAAGCCUCAGAUUAUUAGUAACGUUGAUGCAGGGAUCACUGUUAUAAAACAUCAUCUCCAACGUAGAAGGGUACUUGUCAUUAUUGACAACGUAGAUAAGUUUGACCAACUAAAUGCAAUUGCUGGGAGUCGUGAUUGGUUUGGUCCGGGAAGUAGAGUUAUCAUUACAACAAGGGAUGAACACUUACUAAAGCUACUAAAAGUGGAUAAGAUAUAUCCAGCUCAAAAAAUGAAUGAAAAGGAAGCUCUUGAGCUCUUUAGUUGGCAUGCUUUUGAGAAUCGUUGUCCAGAUGAAGGAUAUUAUGAAUUGUCAAAGAAGGUAGUUUCUUAUUGUGGAGGUUUGCCACUAGCACUACAAGUCUUAGGCUCUUUACUAAUUGACAGAGGCCAAGCUGAGUGGAAAAACCAAUUGGAGAAACUGAAGACGAUACCUGAGGAAGAAAUUCUAGAAAAACUCAGAAUAAGCUUUCGUGGGCUAGAUGUUCAACAGAAGGCUAUAUUUCUUGAUAUAUCUUGUUACUUUGUUGGAAUGGACAAGGACUAUGUCGCAAAAAUAUUAGAUGGAUGUGGCUUUUCUGCAACAAUAGGUAUAAGCAUCCUCCGUGAACGGUCGCUUGUAACUGUUGAAGAAAACAAUUUGAUGAUGCACGAUUUGCUUCAAGAAAUGGGCAGGGUAAUCAUUUAUGAAGAAUUCCCUGGUCACCCUGAAAAAUGUAGUAGAUUGUGGAAUCCUCAAGUGGUAACCGAAGUAUUGACAAAUAAAUCUGGAACUGAAGACGUUGAAGGACUUGCUCUAGAUUUCCCUCAUCUUUCGGUACAAAGUUCUAACAAGUCCAGUUUCAGUACAGAAGCAUUCGCCAAUAUGAAGAAACUGAGAUUGCUUCAGCUCAACAACGUGCAGCUCAAUGGAAAGUACAAACAUCUUCCCAAAGGGUUAAUAUGGUUGUGCUGGCAUGGAUUCCCUUUAAAGUCCAUACCAGAUGACUUUCUUAAUCAACCAAGACUAGUUGUUUUAGACAUGCAGUUUAGCCAACUGCUACAAGUUUGGGAGGGUUCCAAGUCGCUUCAGAAAUUGAAAAGCAUUGAUCUCAGUUUUUCUGAUUACCUAAAAAAAUCACCAGACUUUUCACAACUCCCAAAUCUUGAAGAAUUGAUAUUGGAAGGUUGUGUGAGUUUGUAUGAGAUUCACCCCUCCAUUGGUCAUCUUGAAAGACUGUCUUUGGUAAACCUGAAUGAAUGCGAAAUGCUUUGUUCACUUCCAGGGGAAUUCUACAAGUCAAAAUCUGUUGAGACUCUUCGGCUCACUGGCUGUUGGAGAUUCAAAGAGCUGCCUGACUGCUUAGGGGAGAUGGUGUCAUUGAGAAUAUUUGAAGCAGAGGAUACAGCCAUAAGACAAGUACCACCUUCAAUAGUAAGAUUGAAGAACCUCACUUCUUUAUCUCUACGGGAUGUUCAGGUGCCCCAUUCGUUAUAUGGCUUAAACUCUUUAAGAGAAUUAGAACUGUCAUGCUGCAAUUUAACUGAUGAUGCACUCCCUAAGGAUUUUGGGAGUCUAAUUUCUUUACAAUAUUUGGAUCUUCAAGAGAAUGAUUUUUGUACCCUACCGAGCAUCAGCGGUCUUUCAAAGCUUGAAACAUUGAGGUUAAAUGAUUGCAGAAAUCUUCAUACAGUAACUGAUUUACCAACAAAUUUGAAAUUUCUGUAUGCGUUUGGUUGCCCAGCAUUGGAAACAAUGACAGAUUUUUCGGAAAUGUCAAAUAUGAGAGAACUGAAAGUAAGUGAUUCACCCAAACUCACUGAGGUUCCAGGCUUGGAUAAGUCCUUAAACUCCAUGACAAUGAUUGAUAUGCAAUGGUGCACCAAUCUCACAGCUGACUUUAGAAAGAACAUCCUACAGGGAUGGACUUCUUGCGGACUUGGUGGCAUUUUCCUUCAUGGAAAUCAUGUUCCUGAUUGGUUUGAGUUUGUCAAUGAGAGCAAUAAAGUAGGUUUCGAUAUUCCCCUGAGUGAUGGUCGUAAGUUUGAAGGGCUGACUCUGUUCUGCUUUUAUCGUUCAGGCAGUAGUUUUGAUUGUCAUCUUCCUCUUGCCAUUACUGUUAUAAAUACUACCAAGCGUACUGAGUUGCGAGCCUGCAUAGGUAGAGGAGAUUGGGAGGAUUCUCGGAUAACAUGUGGUGAACCUGAGGCCUAUUACCUUUGGCAGGGACAAAUAUCAAACUUGAAGCUCAAUUUGCAAGGCGGGGAUAAAGUUGAUAUUAUUUUUGUGGCGGAUUCCGAUUUUUCUGGUACAAUGAAGAGAACAGGGGUUAAUCUAGUUUGGGACAAAUCUCUGAAGGAAAAUAUGCAUGAUUUGGAUCGUGCUGGUUAUGUUUUUGACCCACAUCCAGCUUAGUUCUAUGAUGGGCCAUCUGAUAAUCAUCCCAGUAAUCGAAUGAGAAUUACUACAGAUGACAGAAACAGAAAAAGGCAAAAAUUUUGAAGACAAAAAAGCAUCUGUCAUCUGUCUAGAGAUUGAUCCACACCUGGAUCGGCUCUAUGGCGAGGCACGAACGAGGCGGUAUGCAUCGUCAUCAUCAGGCUCAUCCUCAUCAUCACAUAUCUGAGUUCCUGGACUACAGAUCACUGUAACAUUCAUCAUCAGCCUCUUUUGUUUUGAAUUUUGAAGAUAUAUUGCACCUAGAAACAUUUCAACAUCUGCCACUGUCGGCUCCACCUCUCUCUCCAACCUCUGCCACUGUCAGCUCAAUAGGAGCCACAUUUGCGGAAGAAGGGAUCAACUCGGGUAGAUUCAGGAAUCCAAUCCCACUGCCUAGGGUGUUUGGGCAAGAGCAGUUAUCAAGUAGUGCGUUCAAGAACGAAACUGAUGAAUGUUUUGAUUGAAAAAAAGGAAGCCUCAUGAGGCCCAUUCCGUUUUCAAGAGUUUAGCGGAAGAAGGACACAGGCCAACUCUUAUAACCUACACAACUCUAGUAGCUGUUUUGACAGGCCAGAGGCGUUUCAAGUCUAUUCCCUCGCUCCUCUCUAGUGGAGAGAAUGGUACGAAGCCCGAUUAUUUACUUUUUAAUGCCAUGAUCAAUGCUUCCUCUGAAUCUGGAAUUAUCAACGAUGCCAUGAAAAUCUUUCAGAAAAUGGAGAAGAGUGGAUGUAAGCCCACAACCAGCAUUUUUAACACUCUUAUCAAAGGAUAUGGAAUUGCUGGUAAACCUGAAGAAUCUUUAAAACUGCUACAGCUUAUGUUGCAGGAUGAGAAUACAAAACAAAAUGACAGGACGUAUAAAAUUAUUGUUAGAUCCUGUGUAGCGAGGGGAAUAUGAAUCAAGCCUGGAAUGUGGUGUAUAAGAUGGUUGCAUCUGGUAUUCAACCCGAUGUAGCCACUUACAACACGUUGACAAGGGCUUACUCCAAGAGUGGAGAGACAUAUAUGGCUGAAAGGCUGAUGUUCGUGAUGCAGAACAACAAAGUGCACCCCAACAAGCGAACUUGUGGCAUCAUUGUAAAUGGCUAAUGUAAAGAAGGUAGCAUGACAGAUGCCCAGAGGUUUGUAUACAGAAUGAAGGAUCUCGGGAUGCAGCCAAAUCUUCUUGUUUUUAACUCUCUUAUCAAAGGAUUUCUGGACAUUACUGACACUGAUGGAGUUGACGAGGUACUAAUGUCGAUGGAAGAAUUUGGGAUGAAACCGGAUGUAAUAACAUUUAGCACCAUAAUGGAUGGAUGGAGCUCAGCAGGACUCAUGGAAAAAUAAAAAAUGCCAGGAGGUCUUCAAUGACAUGAUAAAAUCUGACAGAGAACCCAACAUCCAUGCAUUCAGCAUUCUUGCAAAAGCUUAUGUGUGUGCCGGUGAGCCUGGGAAGGUCGAAUCACUUAUGACAUCCAUGGGAAAGUAUGGCAUGCACCCGAAUGUUGUAAUCUUCACAACCAUCAUAAAAGGGUGGUGCACUGCUGGAAAAAAUGGAGCAUACCCGGAGUGUCUAUGAGAAAAUGUGCGAAAUGGGAAUCCCCUGAAUUUGAAAUUUUUUGAGACUCUUAUAUGGGGAUAUGGAGAAGCUAAGCAACCAUGGAAAGCCGAAGACUUACUCCAUAUAAUGGAAGAGAAGGGUGUUCUUCCUCAGAAGAGAACUAUCCAGCUUGUGGCUGAAGCGUGGCACUCAAUAGGUUUAGUGAUCGAAGCCAUGAGAGUCUCAAAUGAUUCGGAGUAGAAAGUAGGAGGGACAAGUUACCUGAGCAGAGCUUGGAGUACUCUUAUCCUAAUGUUUUACAGAUACCUAGAGUAGUAGUUUCUGAUACCGGCGGAUCUGCUGCCAGUAUACGAGGUCAUAUGAUUUCAAGAGGAUUUGGGUUUUCAGCUGAAAGUAUGCAGCACAAUGCUGCUAAAACCAUGUGUCUUAGCAUACUACAUCGUCUACGUUUAGAGUGCUGCAGCCACUGUUUAUAUGAGGAGGCAGUUUCAGUGUCGAGUUGGGAUGUUCAGGCAUUUUGUAAAUACACGUCCGGUGGUGUAAAUAUGUAAACGAGGAAACAAAGGCGGUCACGGUGAUCAGCGAGCAGAAGGAUUCCUUGGUUCUGACUCUUGAAUUCAAAAGUGGUGAUGAUUCUUUUGAUCCUUUUGGUGUUGCUGAUCAAUUGUGCAAGUUAAAGUGUUCUGAAAUUGUGUAAUUUGCUACAUGAAUUGUGUAACAUAUACUAUAUGUGUUCAUAAUUCAAGGCUAAAAAAUCUA